CGUCUUUUCCACCAAAACAUCUGCAAAGAAAAAGCUUAUCGAAACAGAAAUAUUUUUAUCGAAGUUUCUCAGCAAAACGUUUUUUAACCAUCUCUUUGUCUGCUCAUACUUUUCAAAAUCAUCACUUAGCAAUGGCAUCUUAUCAAGAUCAGAGCUACAAAGCUGGCGAAGCCAAAGGCCAUACUCAGGAGAAAACAGGACAGAUGGCUGAUACAAUGAAAGACAAGGCCCAAGCUGCCAAGGACAAGGCCUCUGAAAUGGCUGGAUCUGCCAGGGACCGGACAGUUGAGUCCAAGGAUCAGACAGGCAGCUAUGUUUCAGACAAGGCAGGCGCGGUGAAGGACAAGACAUGUGAGACGGCUCAGGCGGCAAAGGAGAAAACUGGAGGAGCUAUGCAGGCCACCAAGGAGAAGGCUUCUGAGAUGGGAGAGUCUGCCAAGGAGACUGCUGUGGCAGGGAAAGAGAAGACCGGGGGGCUCAUGUCUUCGGCGGCGGAGCAAGUGAAGGGCAUGGCUCAGGGGGCUACGGAGGCUGUGAAGAACACUUUUGGUAUGGCUGGGGCUGAUGAGGAAGAGAAGACUACGACUACUCGGGUCACCAGGUCCUCUGCGAGAACAGAGUAAUAAUGGAGAUGUGAUUUGUGGGGGUGCUUGUUUCUUUUGUCUUGUGUUUGGUUGUGUACUUGUUAAAUAAUGGGAGUGAUUGUUGUUAGAUGAGAGUGGGAUGUUUAGCUUAUUUGAUGUGCUAGAUCUCACACUCGGGGUUUGAUUUGAAUGUAACACAGUCCUGCAAAUUUGAUGUUGAAAUGAUCAUGUUAUGUUUUUAGUA